CACAGCGAGCGCUUUCAAAAACGGUCCCUUUCCUCAAAACGGCUAUAUUCUGUCUAUCUCUCUCUCUCUACAAUUCAAACUUCAAACUCUUUCUCUCGAAAACCCAUUUUCAUUCUCUUGAGAGAAAAUCAACUCAUUCCUCUUCUAGCAGCGACGACGGAAAAUCUAAACACGAAGCGAUUCACAGAUCCCUUCCGUUGUUCAGAGAUACAAGUGCCCAAAAUGUCCAAACCUCAAAAUGAUCCCCUUCUGCAAUCGGAAACAACUUGCGGAACACUUCUCUAUGAACUUCAGAUAAUAUGGGAUGAAGUUGGGGAGUCUGAAUCUGACAGAGAUAGAAUGUUGUUUGAGCUUGAACAAGAGUGUCUAGAAGUAUACAGAAGGAAGGUAGAUCUGGCAAAUCGAUCUAGGGCUCAAUUAAGGCAGGCAAUCGCUGAUUGUGAGGCAGAACUUGCAGCCAUUUGUUCAUCAAUGGGAGAGAGACCAGUGCAUAUUCGUCAGACUGAUCAAAAUGUUGGUAGCCUCAAGGAAGAGCAUGCAAGAAUUCUUCCGCAGUUGGAGGAGAUGCAAAAAAGGAAAUCUGAGCGUAGAAAUCAAUUCAUAGAAGUUCAAGAGCAGAUUCAAAGCAUUUCAAUUGAAAUACAUGGUCCUAGAGAGUAUAUUCCCGCUGUCAUAGAUGAAACUGAUUUAUCCGUGAGAAAACUUGAAGAAUUGCAUAGGCAGCUACAUGCACUUCAGAUUGAGAAGAGUAGUCGCUUAAAGCAAGUCCAGGAGUACCUGUAUACAUUAAAUUCUCUAUGUUCAGUGCUUGGUUUGGACUUCAAGCAGACAAUUAACGGAAUUCAUCCUAGUUUAUUGGAAUCAGAAGGAUCCAAGAGUGUAAGUAAUGACACCAUUCAACAAUUGGCGGUCGCUAUAGAAGAACUGCGGGAGGUUAAAUUGCAGAGAAUGCAGAAGCUCCAAGAUCUUGCUACUACAAUGUUGGAGCUCUGGAACUUAAUGGACACCCCUGUUGAAGAGCAACAGAUGUUUCAGAAUGUUACAUGUAAUAUAGCCGCUUCAGAACAUGAAAUAACUGAACCAAACACCUUGUCUGUAGAGUUCAUCAAUUUGGUUGAGACGGAAGUAGCUAGGUUAGAAAAGUUGAAAUCAAGCAAGAUGAAAGAGCUUGUAUUAAAGAAGAGAACAGAGCUGGAGGAGAUUUGUCGAAAGACUCAUUUGAUUCCAGAAAUAGAUAAUGCAGUGGAAUAUGCUGUUGACGCCAUAGAAUCUGGUUCUGUGGACCCUGCUUGUGUGCUCGAACAAAUUGAACUUCAGGUUGCCCAAGUCAAAGAAGAAGCUUUUAGCCGAAAAGAGAUACUUGAAAGGGUUGAGAAAUGGUUGGCAGCAUGCGAUGAAGAGUCUUGGCUUGAGGAAUACAACAGGGAUGAUAAUCGAUACAAUGCUGGGAGAGGUGCUCAUCUUACUCUCAAGCGAGCUGAGAAAGCUCGUGCCUUGGUGAACAAAAUUCCAGCAAUGGUGGAUGGUCUGACUUCCAAAACUAUUGCAUGGGAGAAGGAAAAAGGAAUUGAAUUCACAUAUGAUGGUAUUCGUCUACUUUCCAUGCUUGAAGAAUACACUAUAUUACGCCAAGAGAAAGAGCAAGAACGCCGUAGGCAGCGGGAUUUGAAGAAACUCCAGGGACAAAUGAUAGCGGAACAGGAGGCACUAUAUGGGUCAAAACCAAGCCCUUCAAAGCCCCAGAGUGUGAAAAAGGGGCCUAGGAUGUCAACUGGAGGAUCAACUAGUAGGAGAGUCUCGCUUGGGGGAGCAAUGCUUCAAACUCCAAAGCCUGAUUCAAAAGCUACUCACGCACGUGCCAUGAGAAAGACUGACAAAGGGCACCAAAUUGAGCAUUUAAAUUACCUGGAUGAUGGCAUUUCAGGUUUAUCAGCAGCUAGACGAGGGCUGGAUAUUGCUGGCGUUCCUGUUAAAAAACACUCAUUUGGUGCUGGGACUUCAAUCAUAGAAUCUCCUCUGACACGACAACCUUUUUCUCCUAUCUCUUCUAACAAUGUAGCUUCAAAAGCUAAUGUGGCAAAUUCUACAGAUGACUAUAAACCGGGUGAGAAGUUGCAGAGAACACUGUCGCUUAACAAUGUACCAUUCACUACUCCCUCCAAGACAGCUACUAGUUUGGUAGAUGAAGAGAAUAGAACUCCAAAGACAAUGCCUAUUCCUUUCCCCGCUACCCCAUCCACAGUAUCAGUUCCAAUGAGUAUGGCUAUGACUCCAGUUCCUUCAUCAAUUAUAAAGAACAUAAAUUUGAAUUCAACUCUCACAACCACAGCAGUUCCGUAUGGAAAUGACUUGGUUCAAGAGAUUGAAUAUUCCUUUGAGGAAAAAAGGCUUGCUUAUAUGAUGUUAGCAUGAUUGUUUCUUAGGUGUUUCAUUUUACUUCCUGUGAUGGAUUAAUCACAAGUCAAUUGUAAUUGGCUUCCUGAUUGUGGUGUACAUUUGGAGAAGUGGAACAGAUGUACUAAUUUGAGAUUUUUUUGCGGUCUCAUUGUCAUUUAGUUUUCUUCAUUGCAAAGAUUAUUAUUAGCACUUUGAAUUCAAAAUAUUUCAUGAUGAAAUAUAGCAUUUACUUGCCUUAUUGUAA